AAUCAUUGCGCUCCGUGCUCGCUGGUGCCUUGCAGAGCUGUGACAUUCACUGUUCUCAUGCAUGUGUUAAGUGUAAAUAUCUGAAAAUGAACAUCAUACGGUCGUCCUUAUCCCGACUGCGGGGCAACUGUUAUAUCACAAGGUAAUCGAGUCGACGUAUUCAUACAAAAGACAAACAACAAAGCUAGGUUAGAUUGUUGACAUUAUCAUUGGCAUAUUAGCUUAGCAGUAUGUUAGCAUUAUGGGUAGUUUACGAUGCCAAGCUAGCAUGCCGACUGAUUGGGAAUAAUUUUCAGUCACCUGAUUUCUGCUUAGAGUUGAGGAGAAGCUUAUCCUACAGAAACUCAAAGUAGGUUUUACUGAUGCCGUCUGCAGGGGACGUUAGACAUUAAAAAGUCACAGUAUUACUUAGGAACUUUGAAGAGAGGUUUUGGCCUCAUCUGCAGUAGAUCACAGUCACAGCUAAUGGUGUAAUCAGACCUCUACGGGUCGACAGUGGAGCCAGACCCGAACCAUUUCAGUCAAUGGCCCUUAUGAUUACUUUAACUGAUCACAGUUCAUCGGCUUUUUAAAACACAGAGUCAUGAGAAAUACAGUCGUGUGAAAUCUGCAUGAAUCUAACACCGUCUGGCUCGAAUUGGUCUAUGAAAUUUGCAAAAUAUAUUUUUCACAAUCUUUCAAAUAUGAAUAAGUCACAGGUGUCAAACUCAAGGCCCGACGGCCAAAUCUAACCCGUGGAACAAUUCUAUUUGGCACACGAGAUCAUACCAUAUUUCUAUUAUUAUUGGCCCACCAGUAUGAGGUCUGCAGAUUCCCUCCAGUAUAACAAUGUCAACUUUUGCAAUAUGAUUUAAAAUAUCCUCAAUAAGCCUUGAAAAUCUGUAAGAGUAAAGAAGAUUUUAUUAAUAGUCAAAAAUGUGGGGGAAAUAUAUAUAUAUAUAUAUUCAUAUUUCCAAUUUUGCAUCUCAACAUUACAAGUCAAACAUGAUUUGACCUUUUAUUUCAUGCUUGAUUUUUUUCAGCUCAGUAAUUAGUCUUAUGUCGUUUUAAUCCUUUUGAUUCCAAUUUUAAAAUUUAAGUCACAUUUUAACUUUACACUCUUGAUUUCAAAAUUAUCCUGUGUUUUGACCCUUCAAACUUAUGAUUGCAACUUUCUCCUCAUAUCUUUGCUCUUUAAAAGCAUUGUUUUUCUAUUUUUAAUAUCGUGUCCUGUUCUUUUGAACUAAUAUAUUGGGUUUUUUUUUUUUUUGUUUGUUUGUUUUUUGUUUUUUUAAUUUCAGAUUGCCUUUAAACUUAUCUUUUUUACUUUUUUGAAUUUCCUGGUUUCUAAACAUUGCUUUUCUUAUAAAUAUUUUUAAAAGGAGGCUGACAGUUUGGGUUAAAUGUUGACCCUGUUGGGCCCUCAGGUUAGACCUAAAUCCAUGCUGUGGUUGAGUUUGACACCCAUGAAAUAAAUGGAAAAAACAUAGUUUGGUGUCAAGUCAGUUGCUAACAUUUGAUUUCAAAUGUAAUUUCAAUGCUGAGGAUCGCUGCAUGAGACUCCUUUACACAUGAAACACCUCGAUCACAGUGUGAUAUUAGCAUUCUGGGGCAUUUUUUCAAUACUUGAUUUUUAUAGAAACACUCAACUGAACAUGUUGAAGCAUACAAUUGGUCACCUGUACAUUCAUACUGUUGUUGUUAUCACAAAUAGAAAUACAUGUCAGAUAUUAUACAAUAAUGGCUCGAGCAUCAGGUUGUGAGUUCACAAACACAAUCCAUUUUUCCCAGUACUGCAGAAAUUUAUCCACCUGGUGAUUUAGUGAGAAGGUCAUUCUUUCCAUAUUCUGUAUAGCAUUUACAGUAUCUAUCCAGUCAGUCACUGCUGGGGAAGCUGCCUGCAUCCACCUUCAUGCUACAGCCUUCUUGCUGGCCGCCAGUAGAAUCUUUAACAGAUACCUGUCUUAAUAAUCUUUUCCAAAUAGAUUGCUGGAAAGGAGCACCUUCUGUAUUGCUAGUGUCACCCCCUGCCAAUAUGACUGUCUAGGGCAAUUUUGACUAUCUUUUCUAUUUCUUUUCUAACAGUCUACCUGCAGGGAAUGUGGCUGUGACUGGCUCCUCUCACCUCAGAUUUUUCAGCAACUGGAUGAUGCCCAGGGCAACCACAGGACCCCUGGUUUACAGAUGUGGGCCUCUUUCUUCACAAGCGGAGGGUUCAGAAGUACUCCAGCAGUGUCCGUGGAUGUACCAGCAGAUACGAACAAGGAAAAGAGGAACGGAGUAUCAGCCCAAGAACAUCAAAAGAAAGAGGACCCAUGGCUGGAUCAAGAGAAUCAGCUCAAGAAGUGGCAUUGAGGUUAUUCUGCGACGCAUGCUUAAAGGACGCAAAUCCCUCACCCACUGAAGACCCCUGUCAGGACCUGUCUGGAAAGAGACAUGGAUUUGGAAAUCUAGCAGCGAGGACACGUUGAAUGGGUUAACUGGUGAUACUGGGUGGGGCUUUUGUUUUGCAGUCGCUCUGCAUUAAUAACAAGUAGGACAAUGAAAACUGGCCAACAGCAAACCAGUAACUUUUGCCAUCAGUAAACAAGCUCUACAGUUUCACCUAGUUAUUUUGACCGAUAAUGUUUGGUUAAGAUGUUUGCAGGUGUCUUGUUAUUUUUGUGUGUGUGUGUGUGUGGGAAACCAUUUCAUUCACUAUUAAAAUUAUUCCUGUAAAAAUCUGUGUUGAAGUUUCAAAUAAAGAAACAGAUAUUCUGAUUGACUGAGAAAAUAAAAAGAAUCUGUGAGGAA